CCACUACUCCCUUUCAAAGGGUGUACAUAUGUGCUCUUCUUGGUCAGUUUGUCAGUCGCGUGCGUUCCUGGUCAGCUUGGAGUGCGUGUAACCUGUUAGGAAAGAGGGCUGCUGACCAGCUUCUGUCAUCCUUUGGGUGUUGCUCCCACAAGACAUUGCUUCAGAGCAGUAUUAAAUUCAUCAAGAUUGUCGCAGAAGAUCUUUUUAAAGCUGGCUCUUCUACAGGAAGUCUGACGUUCAUCAAAGUCUUCUGUAGUCUUCUGGAUGUGAACUAUGUAAUUCAGGUGGCAGACAAGCUUUCAUCACAGUCGUACACUGAACAGCAAUUUGAUAAACAGGUGCCUAUUGUGUUAGACUGCCUCACAAGACUGAGAGACGUGGACAGCUCUAGAAAAUUUUGUUGUUAUGUAAUACAUCUUUCUCCGAGUGUCCAGUGCCUUUGGAAUCUCUACCACAAGAUAUCCCGUCAUCCUAACCUGUUGCAGACCCUCGGGGACGAAUUUGUAAGUGUUUACUGCAAGUUCAUUUCACGCCGUCGCGCAAGAAAGCCAGAUGUUCUUCAACCAUCUUUUUGGAGUGAGGUACCAAAGAAUUUGACUGAAAAACUGGCCCGUCCAUUCUGUGAGGCAUUGACUGAGCAAAUUUCGUCAGAAACCAACUGGCACCAGGCGACUCUCGACAGUUUGACAGCCAUUGCCCUGGAUGCCCGCUUGCAAUCAGAAGAUCAGUUUUAUCAUUUGGUUUUAGCUAUCAUGAGACACAAGUCUAAGGAAGUGGUCUCCAUCAUGCCAGUUCUGUUAGAGUCAAAAGCGUUUUGCACGUACUGGAACACCAAGAUCUCUAAAGAAGACAAACAGAUGAUUUGCUUUAACUGGUUGAAUGCAAAUUACUUCCGCGUUAGAAAGAAACAAAGCGAACAGAUCCUUGAUGUUGUGGAGGCCUGUGAGUCACUCUGUUCAACAGACGCGCUGAAAAUGGACAAAGCACUUUGCCAAGAUAUGGAUAAGGAAGUAGAACGUAUAGUACUGAAGGCAAAGUUUGAAUCCAUCAUGGAUGCAUUGAAAGAUUCACAGAAUCGUACCCCAGCAAUUCGGCAACGCCUUACAAUGCUCCUCAGAAGCGCGAUAAAACAAGAAAGUGGCACUGGAGAUCGUCGAUCAAAGUACAGGAAAAUGGUCCACUUGCUUGGCUAUGAUACCUCAAAGGAACGAAAGAAGGAAUUACGAAAGGAGAAAUUGGACGGGGCAAAGGAAGAACUUCUCUGGUCCGCUCUCGAUUUAAUCCAGAUGCCAGCUGAGGGAGGAAAGGCUUAUGAAGAGAUUUUCAAAGUGAUUUCGUCCCACAGUGAAGUUUGGUUACCCUUGUUAACUGCACUGCACCCAAAGAGCAAGCUUUUAGAACAUUCUAGCGUCAAGGCGGUCAUGGAAGCCUUAGAGUGGUUAAUCCACCCUCAACAAAGACAGGACUUGCGUGUGGACUUCUACCUUAACCUGAAGGACGAGCAAGUCAGUCUGUUGGCCACAUAUUGUGCCUUGCUUUCAUCUGAGGAGUCAAAAAUCGAUCAAGUCAAUGUAGAUGAAUGGAUAGCACAGCUCUCUUCGGCCCGCGCAGUUGCACAGACAUUUGGUGAGCAGUUCUCUAAACUGGAGCACACAAUCCGUUUCCUCCAGGAGGUGUCCAAGGGUAUUGUUGUGGUCUUGGAUGCAGAGUCUCUAAUCCGCGAAGUCAACAAAAGGAAGAGAGGAAAGAACAACGCAAAUCUUACAGAUGUUCUUGAUGUGAACUACUGGGGAACACUGGGCAGUUUGACUGAUUGUGAAGGUAUAACAACCAAGCUGAGCGAAUGUAUCAUUUUCCGCAACGUCGCACGUAUGUGUUUGAGAAACGCGUUUACAUCAAGUGAAACAGAAGUGGAGGAGUUAGCUGGCUCUGCAGACGAGCUUCCAGAAUCCAAAACUGAUGAGGUGCUUCGCCUUCUUGAAAGCAAAGGAUUGCAGCAGUUCAGAGAAGCAUGCAUCUUUCUGGUUGAUAGCAGUUCCGAUCCAAGCACUGAGGAAGUGGACACGCUCUUUUUUGAAAUUACUGAUAAAGAGGUUCUCCUUAGAGAGCUUAAAGUAAUCAGUUCGUUCUGUGGUCGUCUGGUUCCAAAGCGAAAAGAAAUGAUGCUGAUUAACUACCUGCACUUCCCUCUUGUUUUUGCGAAAGUUCGGCAGCUUAUGUCAAUUUUCUCAGCCCUUGGAUUUAAAGUUGCUGACGAUUCAGUGGUAACCAAGGACCUACAAGACGUCAUUUCGUCCAGUGUUGAAGGUGAUCUGACCUUAAGAAGCCUCUCAGAUAUUGUUGAAAGAAAGAGUGUGGCCAUGAUCGACUGCAAGCUUGACGAUACUUUGAAAACUAUCAUGGAAACACUUCAAGAGUCUAGUGAAUUGAUUUCGUUCAUGAAAGAAACUGCAAAUGAAGACAUAAGGAUAUUAAUUGAUGCUGUAGAAGAACAUUCUGACCAAUUUGUUUCUGAAGCGAUAGUCUCUGAUUUGAUUGAUGUCCAUGGAUUCCUACGAAAUGUCUUACGGGAAACGCCUAAAGAUCCCAUGAUGUUCUUGGAAAGCCUCAAGAGCUACUACAGCAAGCUUGAAAAGAAACGAGAAAUGGCAGCGAAAAUCAAGGAGUGCAGUUGUAAUGUCCACAGUUUGCGAGGACUGUACAUGAAUGUUGCAAACCGAGGAGAAAUGACGAAAGAAAUCAUCAGCAACGCCCUGCAGAAAGGCUGCUACCUUAUAAAGACCAACUCUGAUGGGUCAUGUGACGUUCAACUCAGCUAUCGUCGCCACGAAGGGGCUGUAAAAGAGACGAGCUACAGCAUGGCGGAACUCCAUGACCUACGAAGCCGAGCUCUCCUUAUUAUGAACACGGACAAGAAGCAAGAGAAGAUGAGACCACCAGAAGAAGGUGAAGCGGCAGACCCUUCUGUCAACCUUACCUUGUCUGCAUUUACAAAACAAGUCGAGAUGAUUACAGACAUCCUCAGUAUGGUGACUUUGCUGCGAGAAUCUGGCCAUCCAAGCUUUAAGAAAUUUUGGGCCAAGCUUUCCUCCUCAGAAGAGAUUGAGUCUCAGACAAAGUUUUUGGACUCGACACUAAAGCAGUGGGAAACGUUAUUGAGUCGUUUGCAACAGGAACACUAUUUCCUAAAUUUUUUCCAUCCAGAUCAGCUUUGGAUGAUAAAGAAGUUUUUUUCGAGAUCCUUGUCUCAUACGAAACGUCAGUCAUUGAAAACGGUUGUCCAUAACCUACUUCGCUUUGUUGAUCCAAGUAUACAACUCCAGGAUCUAGAUGGCUUUCAUUGCCAGUACAAAGCACCUAAAGAGAGCCCAGAAAUCGAGAGUGAUCUCCGUGCCAUUGGAAAGUUUCUAGAUAAAAUAUUCGCUAAACGUCACCAAACCACGAAAUUGCACAACGUCCCACAACAUGAUUUACAAAGAGCUGUUAAACCAGGCGAACUGUUUGUAGCUGUCCUUGAGCAUGGUAGUAAACAGACUUCUCAUGUGGUCAUGUCUCUGUUCGAGAGUACAACAGGUUCUUAUCCGCAGCCUAGCCAAGUUCUGUUCUGUCAUUCAGAGACCAGUUGGGAAGAGGUGGAGCGACUUCUUAAACGCACAUUUGAAGCACACAGGCAUGCCACUGCAGUCAAGUUGCACUGCUUAGCAAAUGUGGAGAACCUGUCAAACGACAUGCAGUUUGAGCUUGUUGCAGCCAUCAGAGCAUAUCAAGAGAGUUCUAAAGGUCCGUACCUGUUGAGCAUAGUUUGCUGUGGAGGAGUUCAUCAUCAUAUUGUUGAUCAAUUUUCUACAGCAGCACAUAACGUUCUUGGCAUGACCGAGGUUCAACUGCGUGGCACAUUCAAGAAAGUUUUCCCUGAAGUUUUCAUGGUAACAUCAGAUCUUCCCGGGGUUGGAAAAACGGAGGCCAUUUACGAACAUGCUGCAUCCCGGAAAAAGAAAACUGUGACCAUUCCAAUCAGUGGGCCUUUAUCGCGUAAACAUAUAGUAAAAAUGUUGUCAGUUUUGACGGUUGGCCCCAAUGAGUGCAUUCAUUUUGAUGUUGGAGAAGUUGAUGAUCCCUUAGUUCUUGACACAUUGAUGUUUGAACUUGUUGUUGUUGGGAUGUUGUCCUCUGGAACAGACCUUUUUCACCUUCCAACCAAACAUGUCUACAUCGAAAUUGCGAACACACUGAGACACUGGUUACAAGAUUCACUGCCUGUUACGAAGUGCUUUUCUCCUAUGCACAUCAAACUGGAUGGGUAUAAAGACCUUGUUGUGAGCCAAGAGCCUCUGAGCCCUAUUCAAGUGGUUUGUCAAUAUCUCCAUGCUUAUGACUCUGGUUUGUUGGAAAGCAAGGACCUGAAUCUCGGCGAAUUGAAGCCCUUAUCUCCUGAGCGCUGUAAAGUACUGCUAUCAAAGCAUUUCGCAUCGAGUGGUGACCUGUCAUAUAACAUAGUAGAGAGUUUCAUCAAAGUGUUUGCUGAUCAACUUUUGCAAUUUUCAGCAAGUCCUUACUUUAAACCACAUAAUUUGAAGGUCGUGCUUGGCCCGUCACAUGAUGUUCGAAACUGCUUGUUCAAAGCCCUUUUAGAGGUGUCAAGAGAGUUUGCAUCUCGCUCUGUCGUAACGUGCAAGAAUGUCCAGUCAGAAGCAAUCUCUAGAGAACAAGCAACACAAGUACUGAAAGAGAUUCAGUUGACUUCAAAGAACGCUGCAGGCAAAAUGGUUGAACGGGUAGAAGGAAUGAUUCAAUGGGCUGACAACAACCAUCUUGUCAUUGUCUUUCACAGUCUAGAAGCACUAACCAUUUCCGCUCUGUAUCGUGAUUUGUCACUGGUGCCUUCAAAUGUUCAAGAGUUAUUCAAGACUCAAGCCAUGAAAAGUAAAGGUAUGGAGGACUUCACAAAGAUGAAUCACAAACAGCUUCAGGAGAGACUUGAUCGAAUUGUUCGAACAACUCCAAGAGGAAAUGAUAGCAGCUUGCAGGCCUUAGAUUAUGCUCUUACGCCAGACAACAUUCUCAAAAUGGUGCUAAUCAUUCAACGCAUAAACGCAGGCAUUCCCGUCAUUGUUAUGGGCGAAACUGGCUGUGGUAAGACGAGCCUUGUUAGAUACCUUGCCAAGACGUGUGACGUCCCAUUUCACGUGUUCAACUUCCAUGCAGGGAUAACGGAAGAAGAGCUAGUCACAUUUGUUAGCAAAAUGGAGGUAGAAGCAAAGAGUGGCAAGGACGUGUGGGUGUUCCUUGAUGAAAUUAACACUUGCGAAUACCUCGGAACGGUCAAUGAGAUGAUUUGCCACCGUAGCAUCAAAGGGAAACCUUUGGUACCGAACUUGGUGUUUGUCGCUGCCUGCAAUCCAUACCGUCUUCGUCCUGCUGGAAAAAUUUCAACAGCCGGUCUUAGUGGAAAGACGAUUACAGAUGAAUACUCAAAGCUGGUGUACCGCGUUCAUCCAUUGCCGGAAACAAUGAUCGACUUUGUUUGGGAUUAUGGCUCGCUUAGUAGCGGAGAUGAACGUGCAUACAUUGGCCGCAUGGUCGAGGGAAUCACUGGAAAUUCUAACGACUUACUGGUUGAUCUUCUUUGUACUUCUCAGGAGUAUGUCCGAAAAAUUGACCAAAGCCCAUAUUGUGUCAGUUUGCGAGAUGCUCACCGAUGUAUCGUCCUUGUGAAAUGGUUCAAAGAAACCCUGAAACGACGAACUGGUUUUCCAUUGUCGAAGCUGAAAGAUCGCAGUUACCACAAAGUUGCUUGUGGCUUUACUCACUCAAACAGAUCAUUUGUACUUGCUUUGGCGCACUGUUACCAGUCACGUCUUCCCACCGUAGAGGCCAGGCAAGGAUAUCGCAAACUUAUUUUUGGAUGCUUCAGAAAACACAAAAAUCAAUCAUUUCAAGAGUCAAGUUUUGAGGCCAUUGUGAGAGCAGAACAGGAAGAUUACCUGGAACGAAUGGAAUUGCCAGAUGGUACUGCCAAAAAUGCUGCACUUCGCGAGAAUGUGUUCGUCAUGCUAGUUUGUAUCCUCAACCAAAUUCCUGUUUUUGUUGUUGGUAAGCCUGGUUGCAGCAAGUCUUUGUCCAUGCAAAUCAUCCGCAGCAAUUUGAGGGGAAAGGAUGCCAAGGAUAGUUUUCUUAAGACACUGCCACAGCUCUAUGUUGUUUCUCACCAGGGAUCGGAGUCAUCGACGUCUGAUGGAAUUCUCAAAGUGUUUAAGAAAGCAAGGAAGUACAAGGAGCAUAACAAAAGUGGUGAUGUUCUUCCAGUUGUUCUUCUUGACGAGAUUGGCCUCGCUGAGGUGUCAAAGUACAACCCUCUCAAAGUAUUGCACAGUCUGCUGGAGCCAGGUGAUGGUGCAUUUCCUGAUGUUGCUGUCGUGGGCAUUUCAAAUUGGGCUUUGGAUGCUGCAAAAAUGAACCGUGCAAUCCAUCUGUCCCGGCCUGAACCAGAUGUGGAUGAUUUGUUUGAAACUGGGAAAUCCUUGCGAGAGGCUGGUCCUGGAGUAUCCUGUACACGCUCAGGGCGCCAGUUUCAUCAAGUUGCCUACCCAGAUGACAAGCAGCUCCGUUGUCUUGCCACAGCAUAUCAAAAGUACCAACAGCAUCAGAGGUAUGCAAAUUUUCAUGGACUGCGUGACUAUUACAGCCUAAUUAAAUGCCUUAGCACAGACACGAACCAGAACACUUCGCACAAUUUGUUUUCUGAAGAGAAAACCAAAGGAAUCCAACGUGCGCUGCAGAGAAAUUUUGGUGGCGUACCCGACGAUGUAAACAAUUUUCAAACUUUGUUUCAAGAAGGACUCCACUCGCUGGAUUUGAUGGAGAAGACGUACCGUUUUCCAGUCACAGAGCUCAUCUGUGACAAUCUACAGGAUAAGCUAGCGCGGCAUCUCAUGAUAAUCACCAAUGGCGAUUCCGCUAUUGGUAUCCUUGAUCAAAUGCUGCAAGGUCUGGACAAAGAGAAAAUCACCAUCUUUGGAAGUCGGUUUGAAGAAGAUCUCUCUGAAGAGUACAAUUACCGAAUGCUGAGCCGCAUCAUCCUGUGCAUGGAGAGAGACUGUGUCCUCAUUCUUCGAGAUCUUGAAAGCAUCUAUGGCAGUCUUUACGAUAUGCUAAAUCAAAACUACACGGUUGUUGGAGGAAAGAGGAACUGUCGGGUCGCACUUGGAGCGUUCAGCAAUCCUAUGUGUCAGGUCCAUGAUGGAUUUCGAUGUGUUGUGUUGAUUGAUCAAGGCAGAGUUGACCAUACAGAUCCGCCCUUCCUCAACCGAUUCGAGAAGCAACUGCUCCGUUUUUCAGAUGUCCUUAACUUAGAGCAGAGAAACAUCAUCAGCAGUCUGAAUACUUGGGUGACAGGCAUAUCAACAAUUCCUGAUUUUGAGUCCCACUUUCACAAAGAAGAUAUGUUUGUUGGAUUCUGUGAUGACACCCUUCCCUCAUUAGUCCUCAAGAACAGUCAAGAUGCAUACCUUACCGGAGACGACAUUUUGGAAAAAUGCAAGCACGAUCUCAUGUUAACAGCGUCCCCUGAUGGUGUUGUGAGGAGCUUAGAAUCUUCUUUGGCCAUGACGAACUUUGAGGAAGUCCAGACACUUUACCACAGCUACUUUCAGAAGCCCCUACACAAAGGUUUGAAGGUGUACCUUAAACACUCCCUGGAAAAUCUGCAGUUUCAGCCAGAGCAAAAUGAGGAUGCAACUAAUGGUAUGCGACUGCUGAUAAUGACCCACAGUAACAUCCAUGUAAAUGUAUUGCAAUGUCUUGAGGGGCUCCUUCAGUGCCAGACCGAAAAGCUCAGUGCUUUCAAGUCUGAAAAGCACUUGACCAAGCAAUUGGAACGUUUCUGGAGUUCCAGUGACUCACUCUUGGUACUGCAGUGUAAGCCAGAGCUUGAUGCCACCCAUAUGCUUCUUGCAAAGUCCAUUAUCGAGCAGCAGAGACAGAAGUACAUCAAAGAUGCGAUGGAACAAAACCAAAAGCAGAUGAAGCAUGUUUGCAUUGUAGUCCAUGUUCAGAGAGAAAGUGAGGUUAACGAAGCUCAAAGUCAGCGCUGGCAAUUCAGUUUCCAGAGUGGUUGGAAGCAAGCAACAAUCGAUGUUUUGGAAAACCCUCUUUUGCCCAUUACUGACUGUUUGAAUGUUAGUAUCAUGGACCUCCUGGAGACCAAGGCGCUCUCAUUUGAGGAUGUGGCUUCGAAUCAGUUCCUUUGGUGCUUUACUCGAAUCAAAUAUCCAGCUAUUCACCAACCUACAUUAGAUGCCAUUGUCCAACUAGAGCAGCUAUUGAGGUCGUCUUCCAACUCCACGAUCAUCGAAUGUUUCAAGGAGAUAGUCAAACGGUGGUUGAAAAAGAGGGAACACCAAAGCGCUCAUCAAUUUGAUGCUCGAAGCUGGCAAUUCUCGGUGGCCUGUGACCGACAAGCCUUAAUCAAUUCCUCACAUCUAGUGGGAGCCAUUCAGCAUCAUGUCAGUCAUCUCAUACGUCAACCAUUGGCAAAGAUUGUUUACUUCUUGGAGAACGAGUCUGCAUGGCCACAGUUCUUGUUCACUCAGGAUCCUUCCGAUAAGGAGGAAAUGCAUAUCUGGUCAGAGUUAGUCCUAGAUCAAGAGAUUUUCAACAUCGAUGACAUCCCAGAGCACCAAGGAGCAGAAUCGUAUUUUGUUCCAGAGCGACGCUUGCAGCUGAAAUUCCCUUGUGCUUCUGUAUUUUACAAGAAGGUGGAACAAGUACAGCCUAUGUUCGCUGAAGACCAAAGACAACUCCUUUUGAACGAGGCGAACCUGGAUGAAAAUGAAGACUUGCAUGAUGUUGCCGUAGAAGCACAGUUAUACAGAUUCGCGAGCAUUGUAAAAGAGAAAAUUCCUCAGGUGGUUGAAAUGGAAUACCUUCAGAGGAACAUUGCAUGCUAUGUUGAAGAUCUUCUCGACAUGAAAACAGCUCACUUUUCUGACGACUUCUCGCGUGCUGAGAGAAUUGAUUUCAUGAAGUCGGCAAUGGCACAUGACAUAAAGUUCCGAAUCGAUGGUGAUCCUGUUCGGCUCAUAACUUGUUUGCAUUCUCUUUUCUGGUUGAACGAAUCUUCGUAUAUGGCUGCCCUUCAGGUGUAUCAAACGUGUCACAAGGUGCAACAUGUGGACUUUAGUAUCCUGUCUUCUGCGUUUCAGCCUGUGUUCGAAAAAAUGUUAUUUCAGGACAAGACACCCAAAGAAACUGAAGACACCCAAGAAGCUGAAUGGAGAGGUAUUUGUGACAAACCAGAGGAUGCAGAAGUGAAUUCGAGGGGUAAGAACGAUUGCCAAGAAGCUUACGCGAAUGAAGGUAUUGUAGAGGACUCUGCACAACUAACCAACACAGAAAAUGAUGUGCGGCCUCAACAAUGUGAGCAAGGAAGGAUGAUGGACAAGGAAGACGAAAAGAAAGAAGUAGAGUUAAAGGGCGAUGAGGCCACCGAGGAAAUAGUAAACGAAGCAAAAUUAGUUGGAGAAGUAAACACAGUUGUGUCAACAAACGAGCAAAGAGAGUUAGCACAGGCUGAAAAUACCGGGCAACCGGAACAGCAAGAAGAUGAAACACUGACACUGGAAAGAGUUUCUUCGCCCAUCGAUGACUCUUUAAAAGGACAACGUGAUAGAGAAAUUAACAGCCAUGGAAAUGUGAAUGAGGAGGACAUAGAUGGUGCUGUACAGUCAGAACAAAAAGAAGCUGCAAAUGAAACUCCGCCAGAAAAUGAAUGCAAAGAUCCAAACCGUGUCCAUGGAGAAGAUCAAUUCGAAAAAGAUGGGAAUGUUGACAAGGACCAUGACCAAAGUGAAGAAAAUAGCUUAGAGGGACAGGAUGGAAAUGAAGAACUCGAAAACGACCCUGAGGAAGAAAUGGACCUAAAAGAAGACGUGGAAGAAGCGGGAGUAGAAGAAGAGGAGCUGACAGAUGAACCGUGCGGAGAAAAACUUGUCAGCUUUGAUGAAGUACUUGUAGAGACACUGUGUUCUGCAUUAUUUCCAACGAAUGAUGUGAUAAAUGGCUUGAAUGGACCCGAUGGUUGGCAGCGCACAGCGAGUCUCUUUCUGUCUACAGUCAGUAGAAUGGGCGUCCAAAGCCCUGCGUUUCACUUCCUUCGUGUCUGUUACGAUUUUGUCACCCUGCUGGUUAUACCCGAAUCUCUUGAGCAAUAUUCCAUUUAUAUGCUGGGUGAACGUGGAAAGGCGGGAGCUUCUGCGGGGUACCUUGACUGCCAAGACGUUUUUGAUAGUAUUACCAGUGUUGCUGACGAGUUGGAGAAACGAGGCGUUCAACAGGGCAGACUGGAGGACUUCCUUAUGCUCUUCUAUGGAAGGUGUAUUGAUGCGAAUCCAGACACGCCAGUCCUUGGUUCGAUACUAUCCAGAAUAUGUUGCAGUGGAAAGCAAACGCUUAUGUGCCUGGCUGGACCGUUGGUUCACCGCAUCUUUCUCGACGAAGAACAGUUUUCUCCAGGUGUCUUUGAAAAGCUUUUACGGAACUUGGACGCCCUCCAGGAACACCCCGGUCUUCAGGAAACAAGUUAUGCCUUGUCAAGCCUUGCUGAUGAUGUUGAGCUCGACUCCCCAUUUGCUGUGGUGUGCUGUGACCUUAUAAAUGAAGUUGCAUUCUUGAACAUAGACCUGUCAACUGUAUCGAGCUCCGAGGAUCCAUAUCUACUGAACUUUCGCAGAGCUUUUCAAACUUUGACAGAGCCUUGCGAAGAUGUCGAAAAUGGACUGUUUCACCUUCUUUGUGCAGCAGCAUAUCUGAAGUCCUUUCUAGCAUCAUUUUCCACCUUCAUUCUGCAAAAGCGCCAGUGCCUAGUUGAAGAAGGAGAAUUUUCCAUGCUUAUGAAUGAGAUAGACGCCGUAUUUUCCUCAAGUAAAAUCGAGCCAUUUCAAUUCAGGGCGUCGGAGUUGCAAAUAUAUUUCCUGAAGGAACUGAAGAAAGAGCUCUCGAUGUACGAAAUCCGUGAUGUUUGCCAAAGGAGCUGUAAACUCCCGUCUUUAAAGAGCAUAGAAUGGCAAGAACCAGACCUGGUCGGUAAACUUAGUUUCGAUCCUUUUCAGUCUCGCACAGAGAAUUCCCAAGCUCAAGCAGCGUUAGCAACUCUUCUGGAGAAAAAGAAUCUGAAGCCUCUUGAAGACGUCAUCCAUUCUAUGGCAACGUCAUUGGAACAAAGAAUUGACAUGGCAGCCGUCUUGACCAAGUCGUUUUAUCUCGUUCGUUCUAGACGGAACUUGAAGGAUAGUGAGGACAAGGCAAUAGUUUCUUUUACAGAGAAACUGCAGAACAUGGAAGAGCCUUAUAUUGAGCUUCUUCUUCGAAUCACAGGACGGAAAGAUUUUAAAGCGCUAGGACUUUGCGUUUCACCCGAGUCAUUACCAGCAGAUGUACACAAAGCAACAUUGAUUCUCCAUCUCUGCAUUAUCCUUUCUUCAAGUUUCAAAAGCACAAAGAAGGCCACGCUUGCUUUGAUGUCGUACUUCACCAACCCAUUGGCGUCAACGGAUUCGUAUGUCUUGGCAUCAGGGGAACGUCCUCAACAACCAUGCAAGCAACACCACUACGCCAACGCCGAACAAUUUACCAAAACCACUUCUUUCUUUUGUUCCUGUGGAACGUUCUUUGUGAUGGUUGGUGACAACCUGGAAGCAGCCUGUCCAAGUUGUAGGUCAGAGUGCAAAGUUAAGGAAACGUUUUCCCAACUAGCGACAGUCGGAAACGCCAUCUUGCCAUCAAAAGGUUACGUCUCUAUUCCAAACUCGGUAGACACAUCCAUUCAUGUACGGCAACUAAAGCCUGCAGAAUUCCGUAUUCUGCACUUGUUUGUUCACGCAGCACUUUACGGGGGCUUUGCACUGGAACUGUUCGACGACAACUCUCUUUCUCAGUUUAUGGGUCUCGAUCUUAAGAACAACAUUCCAUCCGAAGACUGUUUCCGACAGAUUACUAACGACUUGACGGCGCUGUGUAGUCUCCUAGAUGCCAAAGAAGAGGAAAUCAUCCGUUUCCUGCACUGUGCUUUGGAACAAAGUGCCUCCAUCCUCACUUCAGCAGAUUUGUGUCAUACACCAGACGCAAGAUUAUCUUUGGAAAAGAAGUUUGCUGCAGCUCUUAGUCCUUUAAUUCAAGAAUUUCAUCCAAGACGACUGCUGGAACGUUCUGAGGACUUUGCAAGCAAAUCUUCUCUGGCCGUCCAGAGAAAGAUAGAAGAGACCGACAACCCCCAAUUUUCAGACGCAAAUCAGAGAAACAUGUACAUUCCUCGAUUGUUGCGAACGACGCUUCCGAACACGUUUAACAGCUUACGAGCAUACUACAUGGCGGCUGGAGACAAAGCGAGAGAAACCCAUCCCCUGCUUGGCUUGUUUCUUGAUUUUAACGACAAUCUACUUCUUGUGUCAAAUCUGAACCACCUUGUCUCCUGGAGUCGUAUUGUGGAUUCGCUGUUGAGCAGACGUCUUAGCCGUAAAGACACGAGUACAAAGAUCGGUGAUGUCAUUCGAGGCAAAGCAAACUCCCCAGAGGAGAAGACGCGAUUGACCGAGGCCUUCGACAGCUUCAGUAACGCCUUUGAGAAUAUGCAUCCUGUUUUGAAAGAACGCCUUCAGCAGCAGGUACCACAUCUUAGCGAGAGUUCGCCGAUUUCACUUUGUCUUGUGGAGAAACGAGAUCAAGGAGUGUUUCUCUGUGCUGCUUUAGACAUUCUUCAGAAAAUCCAGAAUGACUUCUUGCGGAAGGUGCUUAGUAUUGCAGCGACCGGGAAAUGUUCUGCAUUGAUCUUCUUAGAGAGAGAUAAGGGAAAAUGUGCCAUUCCGAUGGUCCACUUACAAGAAGCACGAGAGAAAGAAAUUAUUCAGUACCAGUGGUCGGAUGCUAUCUUGAGGCAUUCCCAGCGCAACACUGAAUAUGGCCAUGGCAAAGAAGUACUUUUUGAUCUCGACAAAAUAGAAAAAGAGCUGUCCGUCCGUUUCUUAGUAGGAAAAGCGUUCCUCUCUACGUUGGACGGCUUGCAGGAGUUCAUCUUCUCCCGGGAGCUCUUCCAUUCUUGUAGAGGGAUUCUGGAUGAGCUACAAGAGCUGAUUCCUCAGCAACCACUUACAGAUGUUUUUCGGAGUGGUUUGAUUCGUCAAAGCGAACAUAGCCUGGAGAGCGUGCAAGAUUUGUUGGAGCACAUGGAAAUCGUUCUUUGCCUGAUAAAAAGACAUCAGGUUGGAAAACCCGAGGAACCCUUAACAGAUUUUACAGACAAGUGGCUUUGUGGAUCAAGACCCUUUCCAAAGGCGUCUCUUCCUCAGCCCCAUAGUGCAAUCCAACUUAAACACGUGGUUGCCUUAUACGAGUUUCUUGAAGACAUGUUGGCUGAAUCGGCUGCCAAACGCGUUCACGACGUGUAUCGUGGUGUUGUACCGAAAGAGAUUGCAGAGGAGAUGGCCAAAGCAUUCAUAGUCUCUGGUAAGGCCGAGUCAGAUCGUUCUUCACUGAAUGCCAUCACAACAGCUCUUCGACGCUUCAUUUUCCGCUACCUUUCCUCAGAGGAGAUGAGACCUGAACCUGGAGACAGUCUAGUGGAACGCAUGUUGGAACCUUCACUUUGGCCAAUCGAUAUGUUCAAAUCGUCGGAGUCUUCCAAGAUGGAGUUGUCCAAAUUCACCAGCGCUGCAUUUCCAGAGAAUCUGACCAUUGCGCAUACCUUCCAAGUCCUCUGCUUUUACCAGGACCGUCUUAAAGUGAUGGAAGACGCAAAGCAGGUCUCUCGGAGCCCGGCUCCCAAAGGUGGCAGGCCCAGCGUACUAAGAGCCCGGAAAGGUAGAGCACGUUUCGGCUUCUCCUGAAGCAAAAUAUUUAGACAAUACCAAACCACCACAUGUGGCGUCCAGUAGAACUGACGACUUCCAAUUGAUUCAAUUGUAGUAAGAACGAAGGAGACACUUACAAACAGUUUAGCUGUCGUUGUUUCAGUUCCCAGGCGUAAAGAUCGACGAACGUAGUAGAUGUUAAUUUACUUAUUUUCCCGUAGAAUGCCGUGUUUCCUUGGAUGUUGCAUUGUGUUGAACACUACUUGAUGUUUAGUUAUAGAGAGAUGAUUGUAAUUUUAUUUUCGAUUUUAUGACUUAGUAGAAUACUUAAUUAAUGAGUUCAUGUUAGCCUUUUUGGCCAGAGUAGUGCUCGAUUGUGAAGUGCUGUUGAGAGAUUUCAGCACUUUAAAUUAUGUCGUUUUUUCAGGCAAAUUCAUUCAGUCAAGCUUAUUACUAAUAUCAACCUGCUGAUGUUGCGAAGCGAGAUGUUUUCAACAACAGAAUGAAUGAAUUUAGUUCCACUUAGAUUAUAAGAUUAGGUAAUCAAAUUGAAAUUUUGUCGUUAAAGCUAAUUUUGGACGAGCAGGUAUUGCACACAGAUUCUACGAUACGAGGUGUCGGGAUGAUAACAGUUUUCAAAAGCAGGAUAUUGUUGUCAAGAUC